AAGUCAUAUAUAUAUAUAAGUAAUUUAUUUCAACGGUCAGUCUUGAGGCACAGAAACAGCAGCCUAGAUCAUCGUCAAACGCCACGAAAAAUCAGAUCUUGAUUCAUCCAAAGAGUUUUACCUCAACAAUCGAAUUUCGAGGCCUCAAAAUUCAACUGAUUUUCUCCGUUUCAAUGUCAUACCUCGUGAGUUUUGAUAGUUAAAUGGAGAACAUGGCUGUGGACAAAGAGUAUUAUGAAAAGUUGGGAGUUGGAGUUGAUGCCUCUGAUGCAGAGAUCAGCAAGGCUUACUACCAAAAGGCAAGAAAUGUACAUCCUGAUAAAGAUCAUGGAGAUCCUGAAGCUGCAGCCCAAGAUUUCAAUGCACUGGGAGAGGCUUAUCAGAUACUGAGCAACCCUGUGCAACGUGAAGCAUAUGAUAGAUGUGGGAAAGAUGGAGUGAUGAAGGACUCGAUGGUUGAACCUACAGUUCUAUUUGGGAUGAUGUUUGGGAAUGAGAUUUUUGAGAACUAUGUCGGGCAGCUUAGAUUGCUUUCAUCACCGCCUCCUGAAUUUGAUCCGGACAUACCCCCUGAGGUUCAAAAACCCAAACUUGAGAAGAUAAUGAAGACAAUGCAAGAGGAGAGGGAAGAGAAACUCAUAAAGCUUCUGAUAGAUCGCCUCGAACCAUACAUCAAAGGCCAAAGAGAUGCUUUUGUGGAAUCUGCAAAGUUGGAGUCCAAACGUCUUUGUCAAGCCGCUUUUGGCAAGGUGCUGUUGCAUACUAUUGGAUACAUCUACAGAAGGCAAGCAGCAAAAGAAAUCGGGAAAGGGAAGCGCUACAUGAAGGUCCCGUUUCUAGCAGAAUGGGUGCGGGAUAAACGACACACGAGAAACACACAGUCUGCAGCAGCUCAAGCUGCCAUCGCCUACAUCCAUCUACGGGAGGAAUGGAAGAAGUGCAACGAGGAGCAGGUGAAGAACGAGAACACGCUGAAAACAGCCGAAAAUAUAAAGGACGCCAUCUUUGUUUCUUUCUGGCAAAUGAACGUGGUAGAUAUCGAGAUGACCUUAUCUCGCGUAUGCCAAGCUGUUCUCAGAGAUCACAGUGCUUCCAAGGAUUUUCUGAGGCGACGUGCUCGUGGGCUGAAAAUGCUCGGUAAAAUUUUCCAAGUAAGUUUUCUAGUAUCCCCGGUCUCACUCGUGGUAUCCUUAGGGCUGGAUCAAGAAAAUUGGAGGCCUGAGGCGAGAAAUUAACGAAGUUUAUAUGUACACAUUGGCAUGGGACGAUCCACGGGGUUCUGGGGGGAGCUCCAGCACCCCCUACCAUUUUUUUCUUCCUUCCACCUUAUAUUUAGUAUUUUUUUGAAAAUUUUCAUUUUCGUCACUCCUGUCGCUGGAAAUUUUCGAUUUGAGCUCCCCUCGAAUCAUUUUUAGUUCUAGGCCUUACAUGUGAUUGUGCAAUUAUUUUUACUAUUGUUAUAAAUUAGAGAGAAUAGAGAAGAGAAUAUGUAUUCAGGCGUAUUCAAUAUGAGGGCCAAAGGCCUCUAUUUAUACAAGUAGGAAGCUAGGGUUUUAGGGAGAUUUCUUGGUCAACACACAUAAGAAAUAUUUAUAAGAUAUAUUUACAACAACUAUUUUUUUUUCUUUCUUUUUUUCAGGAGGAAGUGCUUUUCUCUGGUAUAUAGUGUACAAAGGCAAGAUCUAUGUGGCAAAACGGCUCUUGCAAGCAGAUGUCUGAAUUAAGGUCUGUUUAGGUGCAGAGUCUUGUUAUAUAUAUGUCGAUACGAUGUGAAUUAAUUUGAAUUUUCUAGCAACUAUAGACAGGAAAAAGAAUAGUUAUAUCCUGGCAUAGAAUAUACUGCACUUGGACAGGAUCUUGGCAUUUCACUUUUGAGCCUUUUUGGGGGUAGAAGAAAAAAUAAUAAUUUUAAAGCCCAUGUCGCUAUUGAUUCAA